CCCGCGUGGGUUUUGUUGUGAAGGCAUUGCGAGCCCGUGGACAGACGGGGACGUUUGGUAUCCUCCUCCAGCUCCUCAAACGGACUUCGGGGCUGCGGUCAGGCCGCGCCGUUCCGCUCAUGGCACCGACUAACGUCUCCCGCCUCCGCUCCGCAGACGCAGCAGGAUGCAGGCCUCAGCUGGAGGCGGAGCUGCGAGCGCUGCUGCAGCAGAGGAUCCUGGUCCUGGAUGGUGGAAUGGGAACCAUGAUCCAGCAGCAGCAGCUGGACGAAGGCGACUUCAGGGGAGAGGAGUUCAAAGCCCACCCCCUGCCUCUGAACGGGAACAACGACCUCCUCAGCAUCACACGACCCGACGUCAUUUACAAAAUCCACAAGGAGUAUCUGCUGGCUGGGGCCGACAUCGUUGAGACCAAUACCUUCAGCAGCACUUCCAUCGCACAGGCAGACUACGGACUUGAACACAUGGCUUAUCUUCUUAACCGGAGAUCGGCAGAGCUCGCAAGGAAGGCGGCCGAUGAUGUCACCAAACAAACCGGUGUGAAGCGCUUUGUGGCGGGAGCGUUGGGUCCCACCAACAAAACCCUGUCGGUUUCACCGUCUGUGGAGAGACCGGACUUCAGGAACAUCACAUUCGAUGAGCUGGUGGAAGCCUACUCGGAUCAAGCCAGAGGCCUGCUGGACGGAGGAGCAGACAUUCUCCUUGUUGAAACCAUAUUUGACUCUGCCAACGCCAAGGCCGCCCUGUUCGCCAUCGACCUCCUUUUUGAAAAGGGCUAUGAGAGGAGGCCCAUAUUCAUCUCGGGGACCAUCGUUGACCGGAGUGGACGGACGCUGUCGGGUCAGACAGGAGAGGCGUUUGUUGUGAGCGUCUCGCACGCCAAGCCCCUGUGCAUCGGGCUGAACUGCGCGCUGGGGGCAACAGAGAUGAGGCCGUUCAUCGAGGCCAUUGGAAAGAACACCACAGCCUUCAUCAUCUGCUAUCCUAAUGCAGGUCUCCCCAACACGUUCGGAGGAUAUGACGAAACUCCUGAAGUGACGGCUUCUCAUUUAAAGGAUUUCGCCACGGACGGCCUGGUGAAUGUCGUAGGGGGAUGCUGUGGGACCACUCCGUCACACAUUAGAGCCAUAUCUGAGGCAGUCAAACACCGUCAACCCAGAGUCCCGCCUACUGCUAUUUAUGAAGACUACCUGCUGCUUUCAGGUUUGGAGCCCUUCAAGAUCGGAUCCCACACCAACUUUGUGAACAUUGGUGAGCGCUGCAAUGUGGCCGGCUCACGGAAAUUUGCCAAGCUGAUCCUGGCUGGACACUACGAGGAAGCGUUGUCCAUCGCAAAGGCCCAAGUGGAGAUGGGGGCUCAGAUUCUGGACAUCAACAUGGAUGAGGGCAUGCUGGAGGGACCAAAGGCCAUGGCCCGCUUUUGUAACUAUAUAGCAUCUGAGCCAGAUAUCGCACGGGUCCCUCUGUGCAUCGACUCCUCAAACUUCGCCGUGAUUGAGGCGGGGCUAAAAUGCUGCCAGGGGAAGUGCAUCGUCAACAGCAUCAGCCUGAAGGAGGGAGAGGAGGAGUUCCUGCUCAGGGCUGCCACCGUGAAGCGCUAUGGAGCCGCUCUGGUGGUCAUGGCGUUUGACGAGGAGGGACAGGCCACGGAAACCAACCGCAAGAUCCAGAUCUGCACUCGUGCCUACACACUGCUAGUCAACCAAGUGGGCUUUGAUCCCAACGACAUCAUCUUUGAUCCCAACAUACUCACCAUUGGGACGGGAAUGGAGGAACACAACAACUAUGCCGUCAACUUCAUCCAGGCCACCAGGCUCAUCAAGGAGACCUUACCGAGGGCCAGGGUGAGUGGGGGUCUUUCCAACCUGUCCUUCUCCUUCAGAGGCAUGGAGGCCGUCAGGGAAGCCAUGCACGGAGUCUUCCUGUACCACGCCAUCAAGGAUGGAAUGGACAUGGGCAUCGUGAAUGCUGGAAGUCUACCGGUCUACGAUGACAUCGAUAAAGAGCUGCUGCUGCUGUGUGAAAACCUGAUCUGGAACAGGGACGCAGAUGCAACAGAGAAGCUCCUGGCCUACGCUCAGAACAUCGUGAAAGGCGGGAAAAAGGUGGUUCAGACGGAUGAAUGGAGGGAAGUGAGCGUGGAGGAGAGGUUGGAGUACGCUCUUGUUAAGGGGAUCGAGAAGUACGUGGUGGAGGACGUGGAGGAGUGCCAGGCUCAGGUGAGCCGCUACAAAAGACCCAUCCACAUCAUCGAGGGCCCCCUCAUGAAUGGCAUGAAGAUGGUGGGAGACUUGUUUGGAGCUGGGAAGAUGUUCCUGCCACAGGUGAUCAAGUCGGCUCGUGUGAUGAAGAAGGCAGUGGGCCACCUGAUCCCUUUCAUGGAGAAGGAGAGGCUGGAGCUGAUGGCGGCAUCAGGGUCUGCAGAGGAAACGAGUCCUUAUCAGGGCACCAUUCUUCUGGCUACGGUGAAGGGAGAUGUCCACGACAUUGGGAAGAACAUUGUGGGCGUGGUGUUGGGAUGCAACAACUUCAGGGUCAUCGACCUGGGCGUGAUGGUGCCCUGUGACCAGAUCCUCAGAGCGGCAGUGGCUCACAAAGCUGACAUCAUCGGUUUGUCGGGCCUCAUCACUCCGUCUCUGGAUGAGAUGAUUUACGUGGCCAAAGAAAUGGAAAGACUUGGAAUGAGAGUGCCAUUGCUGAUUGGAGGAGCCACCACCUCAAAGAGACACACGGCGGUAAAGAUCGCGCCGCGGUACAGCUGCCCUGUGAUCCACGUGCUGGACGCCUCCAGGAGUGUGGUUGUGUGCUCACAGUUGCUGGACGAGACCAUGAAGGAGGAUUACUUUGAGGAGCUGAAGGAGGAGUACGAGGAGGUCAGGCUAGAGCACUACGACUCCCUGAAGGAUCGCAGGUAUUUGUCUCUGUCUGAGGCCAGGCAGAAGGCUUUACACCUUGAUUGGUCCUCCAUGCCAGCACCAGUGCUCCCUCAGUUCCUGGGCACCCGCGUGUUCGAGUGUUACGACCUGCACCGUCUGCUGGACUUCAUCGACUGGAAGCCUUUCUUUGAUGUGUGGCAGCUGAGGGGCAAAUACCCCAACAGAGGGUUUCCCAAGAUCUUCAAUGACAAGACUGUUGGUCCGGAGGCUCGCAGACUCUUCGACGAGGCUCAGCUGAUGCUCAGCGACAUGAUUGACAGUGGAACGCUGAAAGGGCGGGGCCUGGUGGGGUUCUGGCGUGCGCAGAGUGAUGGUGAUGACAUCCACUUGUACAACCACAGUGAGAGGGUGGGCGUGGACACACGGCCCGUCGCCACGUUUCAUGGACUGCGGCAGCAGGCCGAAAAAGAUGGCGCCAGCUCGGAGCCCUACCUCUGCCUUUCUGACUUUGUGGCGCCCGUUGACAGCAACGUCGCCGACUACGUGGGGAUGUUCGCUGUGGGAAUCUUUGGAGCUGAAGAGCUGAGUCAGCAGUUCCUGGCCCAGCGGGACGAUUACAGCAGCAUCAUGGUCAAAGCCCUGGCUGACCGUUUAGCAGAGGCGUUUGCUGAGGAGCUCCACGCUCGCGUCCGGAAGGAGCUGUGGGCCUACAGCACCGAAGAAGCUCUGCAGGCCUCGGACCUCCACAGACUCCGGUACCAGGGCAUCCGGCCCGCCGCUGGCUACCCCAGCCAGCCCGACCACACGGAGAAGAUCACCAUGUGGAACCUGGCCGCUGUGGAGGAGAAGACGGGUAUCGCCCUGACGGAGUCCCUGGCCAUGACGCCCGCUGCCUCCGUGUCCGGACUUUACUUCUCCAACCCUCAGGCCUCGUACUUUGCUGUGGGAAAGAUCACCAAAGAGCAGGUGGAGGAUUACGCCCGGAGGAAAGAGAUGAGCGUGGAAGAGGUGGAGCGCUGGCUGGCUCCCAUCCUUGGCUACGAGCAGGAAGAUUAGGGUGUGGAGGGUCGGGUUUCCCGCCCCGUUCCGACCUCCACAGCCUCAAACUGGCUGCUUGGUGCCGGAAAACGUGUGACCGGAAGGACCGAUCCACUCAAUAGUCUUAACACCCAAAACUGAAAGAGGUCCAUCUGUUUCCAAACUGACCCUAGAUCUGCUCUUAAGGUGAAUCUGGCAGACGUCCAGAUCAUUUGUGUUUUAUGUUUUAAGGUUUGGGCUUUUAAAGUCUUACGUUUUUUAUUCCUAAAACCAGAAAAGUACGCACAACCCUCGUAGCUUGAAAGCUGAACAUUAAAAACAUUUGAGAAACUGUUUUACCUGAUGCAGGUUCACAUCCAAACAUGCUCACCUGCAGAGCUGCUGCACAGGUGACACCAGAACUGGAACCUCCCUGACACGUGCUGCCCUCUAGUGGCGCCGCAGGUGAGCUGCUGAAGGUCUGCAGGUGAUUCCUGCCUCACGAUGAUGACUAAUCUAACAUUUAAGCUGUUUGGAAAACUAAAAAUGUAUUUUUUAAAUUCUAUUUUUAAAAUUACAUUUAGUUUUUUUAAUUGAAUAUUUAAAAAACAGGAAAAAACAGGAAAAAUGGACUUAGCACUUUUGUCAUCAUGAUUUUAUACUGUUUUUGUAAUUUCUAACACUGUUCAAAACAAUAAACUCAUUUCUCUCUAAAUGAA